AAUUUCGGGCCGUGUUCCGCGGACGUGCGCGCAUCGUCAGGUUCAGUCGCAUCGCAGUCGUCGUUGCCGCCGCAGCCGUUGAAUUUCCAAAUUGUUUUCGAAUUUUCCGAUUUCGAUUGGAAACCAAAUUUGAGAUUGCCCUUGCUUAUUUUUUUUUAAAUAUACAUUUUUUUGUUGUUGUUUGUGAAAAUGCCAAAUUUGCCAUGAGUGUUGAAAAAUCGUAGAGAUCGCGACGUUUUCCCAAUUGGGGGGGAAAAUCGAGAAAAGAAAACUCAAGAUGAAGCUGUGGAAAUCGAAGAAGCCCAUUGGUGGCUGUGUGCCCGGCAAAUCGGCCGCCCUAAAACAGGACCAACAACAGCAGCAGCAGCAACAGGAGUCCCACAACAACUCCUUCAAUGGACACCACCAUCCGCCGACGGACACUGCCUUGGCGCCCAUGCUAUCCGUUGACCGGGCGAUGAGUCCGGCGCAAUCGGAGGACUCCGGACUGGCACCGGAAAGGGGAACCACCUACGCCACCAUCACUCUGCCACGGAAUGCCCUGCAUUUGGCCAUCACAUUCGCAGAACGCAACGAUCUGUCGUAUCCGCCGGUGGUGGGCUCCCUAAAUCCGGUGGGUCAUGCGGCGGACUUCCUGGCGCCCGGCGAUCGUCUCCACCAGAUCGACGGCAUAUCGACGAUCGGGCUGAGCAACCAGAAGGUGAUGAACAUGCUCUGCGCCGGUGGAUCGGAUGCGUGUCCAGCCAUCGUAGAGAUCGAGUACUCUCUGCCCGAAUGCACAGUUUCCCAGAACAGCCUUUGUGUGACCUCGAAGCUGGCGCAGAUCACCGUGGAGCGGGAGAGUGGAUGCCUGGGCCUGACGUUGAGGGGCGGUGCCGACUACCCGCUGAUCGUCACCCAUGUGAGGCCACAUGGACCAGUCUAUAAGACCGGUCGCAUCAAGCCAGGCGAUCGCUUGCUGCGCGUCGAUAAUGUCUCACUGAUUGGCAAGACGCUGGCGGAGGCGCAGCAGAUCAUCAAGUGCGGCGGUCAUGUGGCCGGCUACACCAACCUGACCAUUGAGUACGAUGUUUCCGUGGUGCAGAGCGUGGAGUUCUCGAUGGGACCGCUGCUCAUCGAAAUCGAGCGACCAAUGAACGACAAGUUGGGCCUGGUGCUGUGCAACUAUACGGCGGCGAUGCCCGCUUCCGGUUCCGGUGCCAGUACGCCAUCCAGUGUGGAGAAGAUCGAGGAAUCGUCGGGCGUCUUUAUAGCCAGUAUCCUGCCCGCCAGCAUUGCAGAUCGUUGCGGCGCCUUAUCCGUUGGCGAUCAGGUGCUCUCCAUCGACGACACAAUGAUCGAGCACACCGCCUUCAGUCCCGACGAGGUGAUGACCAUAUUGGACACCAGCACGGGACGCGGCUACACGCAGAUGCAGAUCAUGCCCGCUCACGCGUUGGCCCGUCGCGGUCACACGGCGCUGGGCAGUCCCAAGUACAGCUUUAGCACCCUGGAGUCUCGCAAAUCCUCGACGGCGGGUCGCCAGCGUCAGCGCUUUGCGCGCAAGAGUUCGCUGCCGCUGGAGAAUCCCGGCUCCACGGGCGCAUCGAUGGGCACUGGUGGCAUCCAUGGCAGCAGCAGCUUGGGCAUGGGUCUGGGCCUCUGCCGGGCGGAGAGUUUUCCCGUUCUCCUCGAUUGCAGCCACGGAGCGGGCAUCAUUCUGUCCGAUUCGGUAACCGGAUCUGGUGGAUCGGGUGCUGUUGCCAUUGCUCAGAUUCUGGCGGAUUCGGUGGCCGAUCGCAGUGGUUGCAUUCAGGCGGGUGAUCGCAUUGUGGCCAUCAACAAGAUGUACAGCUUGGAUGCGGCGGCCAUGAGGCAGCUGCUCGAGGGUGGAUCCAUACGCAAUGGAGCGAGCACUGGAACGCCGGCCAACUGGCUGGAGCUGGAGAUCGAGUUCGAUAUGCCGGAUGCCGUGGUGCCCGCCAGUGGUGUCUUCAGUGUCAAAUUGCUGAGGGCCGGCAAAUGUGGACUUGGUCUGAGCGUGAGUGGUUCCAGUCAUGGUGGCUUGGUCAUUUCGGACGUGAAAAUGGGCAGUCCUGCCCAUCGCAGUGGCUCCCUGCGAACCGGCGAUAUUCUGCUGGCCGUUGACCAGCAUCCAGUGCAGCAUUUCAACGUGGACGCACUGCUGAAAGAGGAGGGCAGAUCGCAGAAUCCCAGCCACAGUUCCUCUGACUUCACCACGCUGACGAUCAAGCGGAUCGUGCUGCCCGACUUCCUGCCCAUGUCCAGUCCGAUUUACAGCAAUUGCCCGGCGAGUGGCAUCAACUUGGGCAUGGGCAUGGGUGUGUCCAACAGCACGGAUCACGAUCUUUAUAGCAGUGCCUAUGUGACGGCGGGCAAGUAUGCCGACUGUGUGUCCCUGAAAUCGAGGACACCGCAACCGGAUUACUUCCGAGUGCCCAGCAUGGACGAUGCCAGUCUGCAGUCCGUGCAGUUGCGAUCGGGAUCGGGCACAAAUGGCGGUAACCAGGCGGGUAACAGCUGGUCCACCGGCGUUAACAGCCGAUCCUAUGUGGCCCCAACCAAUACGCAGAGUCUGACCACCGAGUUGCCCGAGGAGGAGGACGAGCAGGAACAGUUGUAUCCCGGAUACGAGCUCAAUCGCUAUGCCAGUGUUGAUUGCACCGCCUUGCCGCCGCCCAUGGAGAACAAGGUGUACGGAUCGGCCGCCAGUUCGAGCAGCAAGAGCAGCGGGAGCAGCCUGCACCAGGUCAUCUUCACGGUGCGCUUGGAGCCCAAGGGAGGAUUGCUGGGCAUCACACUGGCCGGCAGCGAGGACAUCACCAAGUCCAUUACAAUCAGUGGCCUCGUAGAGGGUGGCAUUGCGCACAAGAAUGGCCAGAUCCAUGUGGGCGACCAGCUGCUGGCCAUCGAUGAGCAUUCGGUGCAGGGCAUGCCCCUUUCGCAUGCCACCAGUCUGCUGCAGAAUCUCGGCGAUCUGGUCGACCUGAAGAUCCUGCGCAGUCACGACCUGGCCAAUGGCAGUCAUCUGCCGCAAACGCAGGCCAUCUAUGCCAAGGUGCAACGGCGUCCUCGAAGUCCAUCGGCCAAUACGGAGGCCAGCAAGGAGUCGGGCAGCGGGAAUGCCAAUGGGGGCGGAGCAGCCAAUGGGAAUUCGGGCAGUGGAAAGCCCCGCGUGUUCCAUGUCACCUUGUACAAGGAUAAGGUGUACGAUGACUAUGGAUUCUCCGUUUCCGAUGGGCUUUACGAGCGCGGCGUCUUCAUCAACAGGAUUCGCAGCGGUGGUCCCGCCGAUAUGUGCGGUCUUCUGAAGCCCUUCGAUCGGAUCAUGCAGGUAAAUGAGAUGAAGACGCAGGACUUUGAUUGCUGCCUUACCGUUCCGCUGAUCGCCGCUGCUGGCGAUAAAAUCGAGAUGAUCAUGCAGCGCUCCGAGUGAUCCCACUUGCCCGAGAUCCUUAUGUUAAACUAGUUGUAUGCUAAGCUAAUCCUAAGUGCCAUUGCUAGCCCAUAAUAUUAUAUACUACAUACAUAUAUCCCUGUAUUCUUUACCGAGCGAAACCUGCACACAAACAAAUGAAAAUCCCCUAUCGUCAAGGAAAAUUUGGCGCAAAACAGUCGGCCAUAACCAAAUAAUGCCCUUCUUAUGAUAGAUCUGACAUAAUACUACGUUAAUUCUACGCUAAAAUUUGUUUUCUAGCAAAUAAACAAUCGUACCGAAA